AGGAAGAAGGGAACGGGGUCGGAGCCGUCGGGCCGAGGGAGCCGGCCCGGGAAGAGGCAGCCUUGGCUCAGCCGAGGACGCACCCGCCCUCCGCCUCCCGAGCAGGAAGACCCCGGACCGAGCCCCAGCGCUGCCCCGGGCGGGCCCCGCCGAACCUUCAGCGGGCGCUGGAGUCAAACCCAGACUUCCAGGACUAGCCCGGGACUGCGGGACCCUCCAGCCCCUCCAAGCCAGCCAUGGUGAGGCACCGGAGGCCCGGGGGCCCCACCCCUCCAGCCUGACCGGACCACCCUGGGUGCGCACCUCCAGAAGCCGGAGAUGCGGGGGGCCGGGAGGCGACACUCCUGGCUCCCCAGAGAGGCGUGGGUCUGGGGCUGAGGGCCAGGGCCCGGAUGCCCAGGUUCCGGGAGUAGGGCCUCUGCGGCCGCCAGCGGGGGUAAGAGCCAGGGGCACCCAGAGGAGGCGCCCACACCUCCCAGCACCGGCUCCUGGCCAUGGAGCCCUUGAAGAACCUCUUCCUGAAGAGCCCUCUGGGGUCCUGGAACGGCGGGGGCGGCGGCGGCGGCGGCGGCGGCAGCGGGGGCCGGCCGGAGGGGUCGCCCAGGGCAGCGGCGUAUGCCAACCCCGUGUGGACAGCCCUGUUCGACUACGAGCCCAGCGGGCAGGAUGAGCUGGCACUGCGGAAGGGCGACCGUGUGGAGGUGCUGUCUCGGGACGCGGCCAUCUCCGGAGAUGAGGGCUGGUGGGCGGGCCAGGUGGGUGGCCAGGUGGGCAUCUUUCCAUCCAACUACGUGUCAAGGGGUGGCGGGCCGCCUCCCUGCGAGGUGGCCAGCUUCCAGGAGCUGCGGCUGGAGGAGGUGAUCGGCAUCGGCGGCUUCGGCAAGGUGUACCGGGGCAGCUGGCGGGGCGAGCUGGUGGCCGUGAAGGCGGCCCGCCAGGACCCGGACGAGGACAUCAGCGUGACGGCGGAGAGCGUCCGUCAGGAGGCCCGGCUCUUUGCCAUGCUGGCGCACCCCAACAUCAUCGCCCUCAAGGCCGUGUGCCUGGAGGAGCCCAACCUGUGCCUGGUGAUGGAGUACGCGGCCGGGGGGCCCCUCAGCCGCGCCCUGGCCGGCCGCCGCGUGCCCCCGCAUGUGCUGGUCAACUGGGCCGUGCAGAUCGCCCGCGGGAUGCACUACCUGCACUGCGAAGCCCUGGUGCCCGUCAUCCACCGCGACCUCAAAUCCAACAACAUCCUGCUGCUGCAGCCCAUUGAGGGUGACGACAUGGAACACAAGACGCUGAAGAUCACCGACUUUGGCCUGGCCCGAGAGUGGCACAAGACCACGCAGAUGAGCGCUGCCGGCACGUACGCCUGGAUGGCGCCCGAGGUCAUCAAGGCCUCCACCUUCUCCAAGGGCAGCGACGUCUGGAGCUUUGGGGUGCUGCUGUGGGAACUACUGACCGGGGAAGUGCCCUACCGCGGGAUCGACUGCCUUGCCGUGGCCUAUGGCGUGGCCGUUAACAAGCUCACACUGCCCAUCCCAUCCACCUGCCCGGAGCCCUUUGCACAGCUUAUGGCCGACUGCUGGGCGCAGGACCCCCACCGCAGGCCCGACUUCGCCUCCAUCCUGCAGCAGCUGGAGGCACUGGAGGCACAGGUCCUGCGGGAAAUGCCGCGGGACUCGUUCCAUUCCAUGCAGGAAGGCUGGAAACGCGAGAUCCAGGGCCUGUUCGACGAGCUGCGGGCCAAGGAGAAGGAGCUGCUGAGCCGCGAGGAGGAGCUGACGCGCGCGGCGCGCGAGCAGCGGUCGCAGGCGGAGCAGCUGCGGCGGCGCGAGCACCUGCUGGCCCAGUGGGAGCUGGAGGUGUUCGAGCGCGAGCUGACGCUGCUGCUGCAGCAAGUGGACCGCGAGCGGCCGCACGUGCGCCGCCGCCGCGGCACCUUCAAGCGGAGCAAGCUGCGGGCGCGCGACGGGGGCGAGCGCAUCAGCAUGCCACUCGACUUUAAGCACCGCAUCACCGUGCAGGCCUCGCCCGGCCUUGACCGGAGGAAAAACGUCUUCGAAGUCGGAGCUGGGGACUCGCCCACCUUCCCCCGGUUCCGGGCCAUCCAGUUGGAGCCUGCAGAGCCGGGCCAGGCGUGGGGCCGCCAGUCCCCCAGGCGUCUAGAAGACUCGAGCAGCGGCGAGCGGCGAGGGUGCCGGGCCUGGGGUCCCAGUCCCCCCAAGCCCGGAGAGGCCCAGGACGGGAGGAGGAGGUCCCGCGUGGAGGAAGCCACCUGGAAUCUGGAUUCAGAGGACUCGUCGCCCUUGGGGUCUCCUUCCACACCGCCGGCGCUCAACGGUAACCCUCCGCGGCCGAGCCCAGAGCCGGAGGAGCCCCGGCGGCCCAGCCCCGGCGAGCGCGGGAGCAGCUCCGGGACGCCCAAGCUGAUCCAGCGCGCACUCCUGCGCGGCACCGCCCUGCUCGCCUCGCUGGGCCUCGGCCGCGACCUGCAGCCACCAGCGGGCCGCGAGCGCGGGGAGCUGCCGCCAGCGUCCCCCGUGCCGGUACCCCCACCGAGCCCAGCUGAGCCACCUCCUUCCUCACUCAUCCGCUUCUCAGCCAAGACGCCCACCCCGGCGCCCCUGCUGCUGGACCUGGCUGUCCCCGCGGGCCAGCCCUCGGCCAAGAGCCCCCGCCGCGAGGAGACACGCGGAGGCACCGUCUCACCUCCGCCUGGGACGUCACGCUCCGCUCCGGGCACCCCGGGCACACCGCGCUCCCCACCCCUGGGCCUCAUCAGCCGACCUCGGCCCUCACCCCUCCGCAGCCGCAUCGACCCGUGGAGCUUCGUGUCAGCGGGGCCCCGGCCAUCACCCCUGCCCUCGCCACAGCCUGCGCCCCGACGGGCACCCUGGACCUUGUUCCCGGACUCGGACCCUUUCUGGGACUCCCCGCCUGCCAACCCCUUCCAGGGGAGGCCUCAGGACUGCAGGGCGCAGACCAAAGACGUGGGUGCCCAGGCUCCAUGGGCGCCGGAGGCGGGGCGCUGAGCCGACCAGGCCGCACGCCCCCAGCUCCUGCCGCCCGGAGGAGCCACAGCAUACACUGGAACAGGAGCCCGACACGCCUGUGUGGCCGCCUCGGUCUCCCCCAGGGACCCCGCCCCCUCGGGGGUCCGGAACACUACACUGCACAGGAAGCCUUCACACUGGAUGACCUGCCGCCUGUGGGUCCCCCAGCCUGAGCUGCCCCGCUGGCUGGGAGGACCAGAGCCUGUCUCAGGGAAUUGCCCCAGGGGAGGGGCAGGGAGGAGGGACCCCUGCCCCAGGGCUCAGGGCCUGGCCCUCCCCUCUCUCCUGCCCCGCCCUGGGCGCCGUCUGGGGCCAGGGGCUCUCUGCGUGCCUUCCUGCUGCCCCGGCCAGGGCUGGGGCCGUAGCCUUGGGAUCCAAUGAAGCCAAAUAAACGCGGAAGCUGUCUCCCAAA